CUCAUCUUUUUUCUUAUCAAAUAAAAUACCAGCGCGAAAUACAAACGACUCCAGUAUAUGGAUUUGCGCGAAAUAAUUAGAAAAGGAAAUGUUAUAAAUAACUAGAUGCGUCUGAUUUAUCUUUGCGUGAUCCUGAUCUAUUUCAUUGCUCCUUUUGAGUCGAAAUGUUGUCUUUACCCUACUUUUAUGAGGAAAGUUGGCAUUUUUACAUUUAGGAGUGUCAUUGUAUGACUAAUGUAUUUGUUCAUUCAUUCUUUGUGCUUACUUGUGUGUUUGAAUCCUCGAAAAAUGUUGUCUUUGAGUAAUCCUGAUCUAUUUCUUCGGUCUUUUUUACUCGAAAAAUGCUGUCUUUACCCUACUCUUUUUAUGAAGAAAGUUAGCAUCUUUACAUUUGGGAGUUUCAUGGUAUGACUAAUGUAUUUGUUCAUACAUUCUUUGUGUUUGCCUUGUGUGUUUGAAUCCUCAUGCUGGAGACAGUUGUUUUCAAAAAAAUUGUAUCUUGAGCUCUUCAGAAUUGGGAUUGUCCUGAACAUUGUGAAUGUUUCUCAUUUUUGAAUUGUUUCAGUUUGUGAGCCUUCUAACCAGUAUCCUCAAGAUUUAACAAGAAGCUAUUUUUUUAGUAUCAUUUUAUAGUUUUUUUUGUUUGCUUGUGUGUUGUACUGUUGUUGUGUGGCAGGCUAAACUAUGGGCUGGACUAUAAGGGGAAUGUUUGUGGUGAAAGACAUGGUGAUCAGGAUCUACGUGAAUUGGAAAUCAGAUACUGGUUCAAAUUCGAGCUCUCCAAUGCUCGGAGUAUUUGCUUGAUGGACUGUCCCGUCCCGUCCCAUCCCAUCCGAAGACUCCCUCAAUUGGGUCUGUGAUUAUCCGGAAGGAGAUAUCCGUAUAUGAUUGGAUUGAUAGAAAUUAUGAUUAUUUUGCGGACUUAACCCCUGAACUCAGGAACACUUCUCUUCAGCUGCAGGGUCCAUGCUAUCCUAUCCUGUUAUAUUUCCUAGUGUCAAUGUUCAUUGCACGUGCGUCAAAUGUAUGUUUGAACCACUGGGAGCAGAUGGGUGGGGUGAAAGUUAUAGAGGAUAUCGCCAUAGACCGAUCUAUCCACAAAUCGGUUAACUCUAGGCCAUCAGUACUAAAGUACUCUUGGCUGGACACACACACAUACAAAUCUGCACACAACAAGAUCACAUCCCCUCUGUUUCCUGUUUGCUGGGGAUUCGGUUACAUUGUGGAGAUGUCUAUCGACACGAUGAUCCUUUCUUUCUGUCAGGACUCAGACAAACACCAAGGAACUGCUCAGUAUGUUCCUCCUUUGCUUAUCGAGACUCUCAACGACCAAGAUGAGAUGCAAAGAUUGACACAAUGAGCAUUUUGGUUCUGUGCAUGUUUUCUGUUUCAUAUUAGCUUAAAUUAAACCACUUUUGCUUCUCUCAUUUUUUUUGGUAACCAGCUUUUUACAACCAUGUAUGGUCCCUUCUUUCAUAUAAUACAUAACCAAUAUGCCAAGGUGUGAUUCGAGGUA